CAAUCUCUCCUCUCCUCGCCUACAAAACCAAAGCCACACUCCUUCCUUCCUUGGGAUCCCCAGACCCAGUGCAGGGUUGCAGCGCUUUGCAUAGGAAUGUCUCGCCUUCCUCCUCCUCCUCCUCUUCUUCUUGCAGCUCAUCGAAAGCCACAUAGUAUAAUAUUCGCCACCUAAAAGCCCACCACAUCCAUCCAUCUUGCUUGCCACACACCCAACACUCCACACAAGUCAGCUCAGUGACCGCCAUGGCUGCUGCUGCCUGAGCUGAGCGAGGAGUACUAUAUUGCAGCGUCCAGACCAGUCCAGGUCUGCUUGCUCGGCAGAGUGCUUGUUGCGCCAAACAAUGAGGCAACCACAGAGCAGAAAGCUCCUGCAGCUGCAGGCUCUUUCUCUGCUGCUCUUCAUCAUCGCCCUGCACAGCCGCCUCCAUGGCUGCUCGGGCCAAGGUGAGGCGGCGGACGGCUCGGCGUCCACGGCGGCGGCUCCAAUGGAGGAGAAGGAGAAGAGGGCUCUCUACGCGGCCAUCGAGGGAUUCGUCGGCAAGGGCUGGAAUGGCUCCGCCCUCUAUCCUGACCCCUGCGGCUGGUCUCCCAUUCAGGGAGUGUCAUGUGAUCUGUUCAAUGGGCUGUGGUACCCAACAGUGAUGAGCAUUGGCCCAGUUCUUGACAACUCACUGCGGUGCUCUGCUGAUGCCAAGUUCAGUCCCCAGCUGUUCGACCUCAAGCGCCUCAAGACCCUCUCCUUCUACAGCUGCUUCCCGGCGACCAACCCGACUCCCAUUCCGGCCACCAGCUGGGACAAGCUCGCCGGCAGCCUGGAGACGCUCGAGUUCCGCACCAACCCUGGCCUGACGGGGCCCAUACCGGCGUCGCUCGGCCGCCUGUCGAGCCUCCAGUCGCUGGUGUUCGUCGAGAACAACCUCACCGGUGCCGUGCCCGCCGAGCUCGGGUCUCUGGUGCGGCUGCGUCGGCUCGUCCUGUCCGGGAACGGGCUGUCCGGGCAGAUCCCGGCGUCACUUGGUAAUGGGCAUUUCGCCGAGCAGCUGCUGAUCAUGGACGUCAGCAACAACUCUCUAACCGGCUCUCUGCCUUCGUCGCUAGGUGGCCUCAAGGGACUCCUCAAGAUGGACCUCAGCAACAACCUGCUGCAGGGUAGCUUGCCGCCGGAGCUCGCCGGGCUCGGGAGCCUGACAUUGCUUGACCUCAGGAACAACAGCUUCACCGGCGGUUUGCCGUCCUUCUUGCAAGGCAUGGCGUCGCUGCAGGACCUGCUCCUGUCGAACAACCCGCUGGGAGGCAGCCUGGGGCAGCUCGGGUGGGAGAGGCUGCGCGGCCUCGCGACGCUGGACCUGUCCAACCUCGGCCUCGUCGGAGCCAUACCGGAAUCCAUGGCGGCACUGACCAGGCUGAGGUUCUUGGCGCUCGACCACAACCGGCUCACCGGCGACGUGCCGGCCAGGCUCGCCGAGCUGCCCAACAUCGGCGCGCUGUACCUGAACGGGAACAACCUGACGGGGACGCUGCAGUUCUCGCCGGCGUUCUACCAGAGGAUGGGGAGGAGGUUCGCGUCGUGGGACAACCCGGGCUUGUGCUACAGCAAUGCCGCGGUGGACGCGGCGCACGCGCCGCCGGGGGUGACGGUGUGCAAGGUGGCCGGCGGCGUGGGGGACGGGAGGAAGCCGGAGGCGAGCUCCAGCCUCAUGGCCACCUCGUCUGCUUCCAACCUCAUCAAUGGCUUCUGCUUCUUCUUGUGGAUGGUGGCCACGUCUCUCUUGUAGCCAAAGACAGACACCAACUUUCAGAAUCUUCAGAUAGAUGGAACAACAUGAAAUGAAGAAACUGAUUCUCUCUUAGUUUAGCUUGGCUAGUGACUAGUAGUGCUGUUCUUACUUUUGGCUCUCUUUUUUGGGUGUUUUUCUGAUGAUGGAAAAGGAAGAAAUCCUGGUGGUCACAGUAAACACUAGUCUGAAACUGUGUAGUGACGAGUACUAGCUUGGUUGUUUUUUUUGGGUGUAAUUAGCAUGUUUCUCAUGUGAUGUUUAAUUACGGGAAGUGGAUAAUGGAUAUAAGGUAAACUGCUCUCCUUGUCUGAAAA